GGAGUGGGGACGUUUGCUGUUCUGCCAGCACAGGCCACAGUGGGAGAGGACGAGGUUUUGCCUGUAGACAGACCCGUGUUCCAGCCAUGCAGGUUCCUCAAGAAGUUCUACAGGCUCAAAUGUGCAAAGACCAGAAUUCCUGACAGGAUGCCAGUCGUUGAGCUGGACUACGAGCAGAUUGGAAAAGAAAUCCACUUCCGACGACAAAUUGUGGAGCAGUGCAUUCACGAGACCCUGCUUUUCUUUGCCGGGGCCCUCCAAGACCAGAAGGAGGUGGAAUUCUCCUUUGCAGGCAUUGGCCUCCUUGCUGUGAGGAAAAAUGAGCUCAGCAUGACCUUCUUUGAGGAAUGCCUGCUGGAGCUGGACGCCACAGGGAACAUGCUGGCAGCUCUUCUCAGGGACUCCAAGAUGAUGAGGCUUGUGGCCUUUCCUGGCAAGAACAAUUUUAGCCGUUUCAGACGGGAUGAGGUCAUCACACUGCCAAGGCUUGCACUCGAGAAGGAAUCAUCAGCUGCUGUUUCCCUGAAGCCCAGGAGAGAAUUGGCCCCCUGGGGCGGGGGUUCCCGCAAAUUGAGCGUGAUGGAUCCCGUGUAUAUGGCACGGCGGAGAGUUGCUCUAAGCAGGAGGACGACUAUGAAGGCAGCCGCGAUGGAAAAUGUCAAAGAAGCCACCCGAGUCAGGUUCCUGCCAGUAAUCCACAGCAAGCGCCAGGAGGAGCCAAAGCAGCCCAGGCCUCCAUCUCAGCCACGGGUGCAGCUCCCUCCUUGUGAUCAGCAGCUCUCGGGAACGGAAAUGAGCUCCACCCACAUGAAGAGGGCGGACAAACAGCUAAAGCUGCUGAUGGCAGCCAAGCGUCAAGAGCUGGAGGCAGAAGCCUGGCGCCAAUACCGCGCCAACAGAAUGGGACACAAUGCGGAGCCAAGCCAGAGCCCCUGCCCCCAUCUCUUUGAGGACCCUCAGCAGCCUCCCCACCUCCUGAGAAAGGCCUAUGCUGAGAAGAUGAAAGGGAGGCUACCGGAGAGGGACUCAGGCCAAAGGCCAGCCAGGCACGGAGCACCCAACGGACAGGCAGAGCUGCACCUGCCUAGGAUAGCACAGAAGGGAGAGAAGAUGAAGGUGUUGGAGGUCCGUGGAAGAGCCAUGGGGCUGCCUGCCACAUCCUGAAGCUGCGAGCAGCCUCACCGAGCCCAGCGCUAAGGCUCUUAGCUCUCGUGGCUCUCUCAGAAGCACCACAAAACAGACAGCCACAGGCACCUGGAAAUGUGCAUUUGCUCUAAUGAUUCUAUACU